GUGUAAAAUUAACCGAGCAAUUGCACACCCAACUUGGGCCUCCCCACCUAUGCAUCCGAAAUGGGUCAAUAUUUUGGGCUUUCACCAGUCAUUAAACGAGGCCCAACUACUGUACCCGGUCCAUCAAUUCCUUUCCCUUUCUUCAAUAACACGCCAAUUUUGGAGCCUUUCGAAUUUACAAAGGAAGCUAUGGAUUUCCCAGUACAGCACAAGAAACUUUCACUAGAUAUUAAGGGAAAUAAAACAGAUAUAGUUAUAUGUGCCUAUGAUGACCAUUUUUUGGUAAUAGCUACUCAAAUAGGAAGCAUGGGUACAAUACUGCAUGCCAGGAAGGAGGAAGGCGUAGCAAUCCAUCCAACCUUUAGUGUUUCUGUAUUACUGGGUAAACGCGACGAGCCUAUGCUGGUUGCGUGCGGUCGGCAGAUUAUUGAACACAUAAGUAACGCAGGAUCUUCUAGGUCUUUGGUUUUGUCUCUUGGUCUACGCGACCAUUCUCUGCCCACUUUGAAGGGUAUUGUUUCAGCUGUCACUGAGAACUGCCUUUGGUGAGCUAGAUUUGGUCAAUUUUGGAUUGCUCAUAGUUGUUAUAGCCACAAGAGAGAAACUUAAUGAUUAUCUCAGUUCCUUUCCCCUUUUAGGUGAGCUUACUUAAUGAUGUAUUAUUGUUCUGGUAUUCGAAAGACUUCUCCAGACUCUCUCAGACGAAGUAAAAGAAACUAUUGAUUUAUAUUUUUGCCCUUAUUCAAAAAGGGGAUUUACGACUUGACUUUGAGAAAUGCAUUUUGUUGUAAAUUUGUAAUGAUUGCAGUGUUUUGGUUCAAACUUCAAA